GCAGCUUUUUUGCUGUUCUGCCUUCGCGCUUUCGAACUUUUAUUUUGAAAUGCACCACAGGAAGUGUUUUCCUACACUCUCACCGCCUUGCCUCAUGAGGAGCCCAACAUGCUAUGGAUAUGAUGCCGUGCUGCGGUUGCGCUCCAGGCGGUCACACACUCAGACGGGAGGUGUUUCCAUAGAUUUCGGUUCACUUCAGCCGUCCUCCCCACGCUGUCCACAAUGUUCCCGCCGCCUCUGUGACCAACACCUGCCACCCAUCCUCAUGACGGGUCGACCAUUUAGAUCCAUCGCCUGGAGGACUGAGGGAAGUUUAACUCCGGCGACUUGAGGAUAGGGGCGGAUAAUUACACCACAACACGAUGAAGCUGUGAGGCUGCAGGAGGCAGCCGCGACAAACAUGAUGGAGGAGGCUGCCAGUCAACUGGAGAGGGACCAUGUGCACAGUGUCUACGACAAGAUUGCUCCAUAUUUCAAUGACAGCCGCUACAAAGCCUGGCCGAAAGUGCGACAGUUCCUGCUGGACCUGCCUCCAGGGAGCAUCGUGGCUGACAUUGGUUGUGGCAAUGGCAAAUACCUCCAUAUCAACAAGGAGGUGUUCAAGCUGGGGUGCGAUGUUUGUCGCCCCCUGGUGGACUUUGCUUGGAGCCAAGGACACGAGGUCCAGAUGUGCGACGGCCUGCGCUUGCCUUACAGAGACGGCUGCUUUGAUGCUGUGCUCUCUAUAGCCGUCAUUCAUCAUUUUUCCACCAAAGAGCGUCGCAUUCGGGCAAUAAAGGAGAUGGCUCGCACUCUGCGAGUUGGUGGACGCAUCAUGAUCUACGUGUGGGCCAUGGAGCAGAAGCGGCGGAAAUUCGAGAAACAGGACAUCUUCGUGCCCUGGAACCCCAACCCUCAUCUGUCCUCCGCCUUCAACAGAGACGAUACCAAACCAAGGAGACGGGCCGCGGCACAGAGCGUGAGUGAAGCCAUCGACAACACUGAAAACUACAGGAAGGUCAGAAGCACAUCCUCUGUGGCCGAUGAAGAAGAUGUGACCCAGACGGUGCCGCAGCAGAGGACACAGAGACUGUGGUUCUUUUCCAGGUCUCUGGAUUCUGUGUUUGAUUUUGGAAGCUUGGCCAUCUCCUGGCCAUCCUCCAGAGACCUGAGACAUUUAUCAUCAGCCACAGGUGAAAACGAGGGGAACAAGCCCAACCAGCGGGCGAGAGGACGAGGCCUCAUCAAACAGGUUUCCAGCUUCUUUUCCCCUCCAUCUGUGAUCGGAUCAGAGGAGGACGUUUUUGACUCAGACACAGACCUGCAAAAAAAUCCGAACGAUCCAGGAGGCCCUAGUAACCCAACCAACAAUAACGGCAAAGAAAAUCAAGGUGUCUCAGUAUCUUUAGCACAGGAGUGUGGCUCACUUGCUCUUCCGGAUCUUAUUUCCUUGCAGCAGGAGAAUCUAAGGCAGUCUGAAGAUCAAAGCGUCAGGGAGCCAAUAGGAACAGGGCAACAGGAAGGCACACAGAGUCCUGAGGAGCAGGUGGAAGUUUCCUGUCUGAGGUACUAUCACGUCUUCAGAGAGGGAGAGUUGGCAGAGCUGAUAGAGCAUAAUGUCGAAGAGCUCCAUGUCACACAAAACUACUUUGACCACGCCAACUGGUGUGUGGUGGCAGAGAAGGUUCAGUUAUGGAAAAUUUGAUUUCAACUCAUGUUGUGUGGGUCAAAUUUUAGCACUUCACCACAUGGUAACGCGUUACAUUCAAUGCAGGAAAAUGUCUGUAAAUGUGCAGUUUACAGACACCCAGAUAAUUUUCUCUGCUUUUACAUAAUUGUUAGCACUGACUUAAGAUGGAGUCAGUAAAAUGGUUCAGCUCAGAGCAAAGCAGUGUGCUAUGAAGGCAUACUGUAUAAUAAUAAUAAUAAAAUUUUAAGUAUUUAUUCUGUGUGAAAGCAAGAGGAGGAAACCUUAUCACCUAUCUUGAGCUUUCUUCUAUUUAUUUGAACUUUUUUCAAAAUGACUGGUCUUCUAAGGGGAUGUUGAUGAUUGUACUGUUUUCCUUUUUGGGCUUAAAAGCCAAAGCGACUUAAGAAAGACUGACUGACAGAAUAAACCUCCAUUGGUUUUGGUUUGUUAAUCAUUUUAUCUGUGUAGGAAUCUUAUUGUCUGCCUGUUUUAUGAAACUGUGGUUGUUACCUCUGAGUAUGUAGAGCCAAACGGACAGCAUCUGUUUGUGUUCUCUGUUAGAUGUUUAAUAGAUGGCUUAUACAGUGCCUUACAAAAGUAUUAAUAUUCCUUUAAACUAUUUUAGUCAUGUUGCUGCCACAAACUUUAUUUUAAUUGUUUAGGAUUUUUAUUUGAUGGUGCAUAAUUCUGAAGCAAGUUUAAGAUUUUUCUGAGUAAAUGACAAAUUCUGAAAAUGUGGCAUCCCCACAGCAUUAUUGUGCCACCACCAUAUUUCUCCCAAGGCUAUAGUGUAUUCAGUGUGCCAUGUGAUGUUUAAAGUUUGGGAUAUCGUUUCAUUAUCUAACCCUGCCUUCAGCUUCAGCAUAACUAAAACCUUUCAACUCUGGUGUUUUUCAGUCUUCAUUAUUCAGUUUUUCUGUUACUAAAAAUCUCUAACCAAUCUGUGAUGACUUUACAAAACUCUAUAUUUAAAGGUGGAAGAUGUCAUGCAACUUAAACAUGCAACUUUUAAAGGUAAUUGGGUUGACUUUUAUGUAGGAGUAAUUGAUUUGAUGGGUCUAAAUACAAAUAGAAAUCCGCUUUUAUAUUUUAAUUUAUUAAAAAUGUGUUGGUCUAUCUAGAAAUAUUUCAUGGGGUGUGAAUACUUUUGCAAGGCAUUGUAAGUCAUUUCUUUUACAAGUAGUGCUCUGAACAGCUUAAAACAUCUUCUAAAAUACCAGUAUUACCCGUCUUGAGUGUUUUGAUGUUAAUAUCAGGAACAGCUGCAUAAUGUCUUGUAACAAGCUGAAAAAACCAGCAGUGUGUUUCAGCAAAUAAACUGCCUCAUUUACUGUGAAUGAAACAUUGCACUGUACCAUUAACGUGUCACUGCUGCAUGUCAGAACAUGGCAUAAAAAAGUGACACUUUAAAAUGUAACUGUGCUUUUAUCUGUACUCAUUGUGCCAAGAAGAAUGAGUUUCUUUUUUAAUAAAGUGUGUGUGGACCAA